AUGCAGUACGUCGGCAAGCUCGUCUCGACGGUGUACAACACCAUCACACCCAACAUCAACCCGGCCACCCUCAGCGGCGCAAUCGACGUCAUCGUCGUAGAACGCACGGUGGACAAGCAUGAGGACGUCGAAGUCGAUGCGCACGGAAACGUGCUCCCCGAGUCGCAGGUCGGCGUGCGGCCAGAGCACCAACGCAAGUACAAGACCGUCACGCGCCAAGUCACCGAGCUCGCAAGCACGCCCUUCCACGUCCGCUUCGGAAAGAUGAGCGUGCUCAGACCAGGCGAGAGGAAGGUCACGCUCCAUCUCAACAACUCUACAGACCCGCUCCCCUUUGCCAUGAAGGUCAGCGACUCCGGAGAGGCCUUCUUUGUCAUGGAGAUCGACGAGGACGACGACCACAUCCCCGCAGACCUCGUCACCAGCCCCAUCCUCAGCGCCGCUGCUAGCCCCAUCACCUCUCCCGAGGCUGCCAACAACGACUCCAUCGAGGUCGAGCCGCUCGAACUCGGAGAAGCCGGCGAGUCUGAUCCUGACCAACUCCCCGACCAGUCCAAUGCGGAUGCAGAGUCCGACACCAACACAAAGCAGCAGCUCAAACAAAACAAACGCAGUGGCGAGCCCGACGAGCAGGGCGACCUCAACGUCCCCUCCGACUCGUCAAGGACCGGCUCCGGUUCCGCCGCCGGCUCCGACUCGCUCCUCAACAAGGUCGGCUCCGCUGCCUCCAAGGCGAGCGGCGUCAUCGGCGCCGCUGGCAGGGCCGUCAUGGGCGGCACCAACAACCCACGCCUCGACCACACCGCCGAAAAGGCGCAGCGCAACGACCCCACCGACAACCAGACCGGCGCUCCCGUCGACAACGACCACAACGACGCACACAGCUACGAGCCCGAGCAAGGCGGCCCCGACGGCAAGAAGCGCCAACAGGCCCAGGACGACUCCACACCUCAGAGCAAGCCCGCCAAUCACACCGAAGUGCUCGAAAAACAGCUGCGUGACAAGGCGCUCCAGGUCAUCGAGGAUGAGGUGGUGAGCGACCACGAUGCAGACAGCCUGCGCAGCAUCGACUCGGGCGAGGAGGCCUAUCCCGCUCCCUUCGGCUCCAGCGCCGGCAGCAAACACCGCAGCAAGACUGAGAGCGUCGCCUCCAUCCACCACUCCGAGUACCUUGCAGGCAAGCGCCUCAAGCCCGUGCCCAUAGGCGAUGGCAACAAGACCAUCGACCCGGCAAUGACCGACGCAUCCACCCACCUGCACAUGCACAAGCAGCGACAGCAGCACAGCAAGACUGUACACCACGCCGACCACGACGACGACGGCGACGACGAAGACACCGCUGUCGACGAGGACGACGACCACGACGAUGCUGCAGACGAUGUUGUGGCUCCCGUCAAGGUCAAGCAGCGCAAAGAGGACUUGCAGUACAUGCUCGAUAUGGACGGAUACAAGAUGACCGCCGACGGCGAGGAUCUCGCCUUCCAAGAGGGGCAUCGAUUCGCCGACGAGAUGCCCCUCGGUAGGCGGCACGGCGGCAAGGGCCGACACGGCCACCCGGAGCGCCUCAACGGUCCCGGUCACCAGCACAAGGUGUCGCUCCCGGGCUCGUCCGCCUCCCUGCGUCGCGGCUCGGGCUCGCGCUCGCACAGACCCAGCUUUUCAGUCGACUACCGAACGGCGCGCUCCUCCCACUCGCACUCCCGCGAGCGCGAUGCACGCCGCGAGAGCCUCGACGAUUCCGCCGCCACCAACAUCGCCAGCUUCAGCUCGCAGCAGGCUUCGCCGCGCCUCGGGUCCACACCCACGCAGAGCGCACAUCGCGACGAGAUCGAGCUGUCCAGAGACCUCGCCAGGCUCGCGCGCAUGAACCGCGCCGAGCGCGGCAGGCGUCAGCCCAAGGCCACCGAGUCGCUCCGCAGGCACGCCUCGCUCACCAGCCGCAACAGGAACACCGACGAAGACAAUCAGGCGGGCGGCAGACGCCGCACCAGCGCACGCGGCUCGCGCCACCACCACGAAUUCUCGCUCUCGGACACCGAGGCCGAAGUGCCGCACGCAAAGUCGGCGUCGGGACACAACUCGGUCGACAACUCCACCGAGGCGCUCACGUCGUCCUACUCGGUCUCGGGCGUUGUCUCGAGUCUGCGCGACCUCAGGCUGCCCAGCGAAGAGGCCCCGACGUACCUCGACGAUGCGGGUGCUGCGCAUCUGGGCCUCUCGAGUAACUCCAGGUGGCAGUGGGCAGACCCGGCCGCCGAGUCUUCCGCAUCGACACCUAGGGGUCCGCCCAGCCGACGCCGCACGCGCUUCGCCAGCACCGACAGCUACCAGGCUGCACGCUCGUCCGACGCCGCGGCGCUCGACGCGCUCCGCCGCCAGACCGAGCAAGGCGAGGCCGCGGGCAAGCUGACGAGCUCCGAUGCGGACCCGUACGCGUUCCUGCUCCAGCUCGAGGACUCGUCGUCCCACUCGUUUGAGCUCAGUCUGUGCUACACGGCGCAGUUCGGCAGUGACGACGCCGCGGACGAGUACGCGUUCAGAGAGAACCGCGUGUCGUUUGAGCGCUUUGCGCACGACGAGGACGUGGUGAACGACGAGCGGCUUGUCAUUCGGUACCACGACCGCUUCUUGACGUGGGAGAAUGCGUCGGCGGUGCUCGCGACGCUCUCGCUGUACCGCGGCACGCUGUCCAGCUCCACCUCGGCCACCAACAUGGACGAGGAGGCCGACGGUGCCGAUCGCAUCUCCACCGCCAGCUACUGGUCGCGCUGGUUCCGGCGCAGCAGCAAGAGCAUCCCCGAUCUCAAGCAGGCUGCCGGCCGAGACGCCGAGACGAUCGCGGGCGAUCUGAACGUGGCCAAGCCCGCCAAGUCGCUCACGGUGGACGUCGGCACGGCCAACAGCGCAGGCAUUGAGCGCUCCAACACGGACUCGGUGCUGCUCGAGGCGGACAAGGCGGCGGCGGCGGCUGCCAAGAACGGCGAGCGUCCAGCGGCGUCAGCGGCGGCAAGCGCGGCGAAGAGAACGGGCAAGACGUACGCCAAGACGCUGCGGCUCACGUCGGACCAGCUCAAGUCGCUCAACCUGCGCAAGGGCGCCAACAGCAUCACCUUCUCCGUCACGUCGUCCUACUCGGGCGUGGCGACGUGCUCGGCGCGCAUCUUUGUGUGGGAGUCGAACCACAAGAUCGUCGUCUCGGACAUCGACGGCACCAUCACCAAGUCGGACGCGCUCGGACAUGUAUUCACCAUGAUCGGCCGCGACUGGACGCACAUUGGCGUCGCCAAGCUGUACACGGACAUUGCAAGGAACGGGUACAGGAUCAUGUACCUCACCUCGCGCGCCAUUGGGCAGGCCGACUCGACGCGCGACUAUCUCAAGGGGAUCAGGCAGAAUGGAUACCAGCUGCCGGAUGGACCGGUGAUCAUGUCGCCCGAUAGGCUCAUUGCGAGUCUGCACAGGGAGGUGAUUCUGCGCAAGCCCGAGGUGUUCAAGAUGGCGUGUUUGCGCGAUAUCGCGCGUCUGUUCGGCGCGGAUCCGCGCACGGCACAUUCGCAGCCGGGCGGCGAUCUCAAGGGCGCCGAUUCGGACGCGGUCGAAGCGGCCAAGGCCGGAGCGGGGGCCGAGGACAGUCCGUCGUCGGGCGCUGCCACCGCGACGCCGGCUGAGAGUGGCGAGGCAGCAUCGGCGUCGGAUGCAAGCAGCGUGCGAUCGGGACAGCUGAGUCCGAGCCCCUCGUCACCUACGCUGGGUGGUGCACGUGCGCUGUCUCCCCCGCCCGACGCAACCCAGGCGAAGAAGGAGGAGCAUCCGACGCCGUUCUACGCGGGCUUUGGCAACCGCAUCACCGACGCGCUGUCGUACCGCAGUGUCAACAUCCCCUCGUCGCGCAUCUUUACGAUUGACACCAACGGCGAGGUGAAGAUGGAGUUGCUCGAGCUGGCGGGGUACAAGUCGUCGUACAUCCACAUGACGGAUUUGGUGGACCAGAUGUUCCCGCCGAUCACGGCCAAGGAGGAGCGCGAGCCGCGCAAGCCGGAGUACAACGACUUCAACUACUGGCGUCCGGCGAUUGUCGAGGUGGAGUUGCCGCCGGAUGACGAGUUGCUCGGCACGCCGCCGGUAUCGCCUGCGCUAUCGGCGCGGUCGGGGCGGUCUUUGCGUUCGGUUAGGUCGGUGACGUCGGAUACGGCGGUGGGGGUGGAGGAGAAACCGGGCCGGUUGAGUCGGUUUGGUCUGGGCUCGUUGGGUCUAUCGCGCAAGGGGUCGGUCAAGGACGAGGAGGUGGAGAGAAAGCAGCGUGCGACGUCGGCUGAACCGGCACUUGAGUCCAAUCCCACCGAUGAGGCGAUGAGUGCUUCGCCUUCGGGAUCGUCAUGGACAGCACCUUGGAGGCGGCGGGCAGCAUCGCCGGAUGAGAUGUCGCGGAGCCCACGUGCGACGUCGCCGCUGGUGGGCGCGGUGAUUACAGCGGAGCCGGAGAGCGAAGACGAGGGCCAGGUGUUCUACGACUCGGAGGGGUACGAUGACAACGACGACGUAAGCGACCUCGACGCAGCGUCCGACGACGAGCCGUUUGCGUUUGAAGCUGAGGAUCAGCGCAAGGGGAAACAGAGGCCGAGUGAGGACGAACACGAUGAUGAAGACGACGACGAGCUGCUCGAAACGGGCGAGAUUCGGUUCGAGUGGAAGGGCUAG